GACGAGCAAAUUCUUCUUCUUUGUUGUUCUCUCUAAUUCUUCCGACCGAACAGGCAACAAAGCUUCUUCGAUCCUCCUCGUACUGUCUUCGUCUUUUAUUCAUGUCUGGUGAUGAUGAAGAACCUUCAUAUGGCUCUGGAGACGAACUAAACAACAUCGAUGGACAACACAACAAGCGUAUCCCUGCAGCAACAACACCUUCUUCUGCUGCAGCCUCUGGACCAGCCCGCAAGAGAAGUCGCAAGGCUUGUGGUGAUGCCAUAGUUGAAGCCAUGCUUGAAAUCGCAGCAGCUUCCAAAAUGAGAGCUGCUGCUUUGAGUAACAAUGUAGACAGAUUCUCAAUCAGUAAAUGCAUCAGAGCGCUUGAUGACUUACAAGGUGUUGAUCAACCUACGUAUUUUCUUGCCUUGGAUUUGUUUGAGAAUGCUAGUUCACGAGAGAUUUUCAUCUCUUUGAAGUAUGAUAAACGGUUGAAGUGGCUACAGGGGAAGUGUAGAGCUUUGUAGUUAUAUAGUUUUGGCUGAAUCUUUUUCAUGUUCUUGGUGCUUAUGGUGAGAAAUGAUGUAAUUGAUCUUCUUCAUUUGCUAAUGUAUGAAGAUGUAUCACUACUGGUGGAAAUCAAAUGAAUUGUUUUCUUUUAUAAUCAGAGGGGUGUACUGAAUUGUGGAUUUUAAAGUGUUUUGGUUUUGUUUUAAAACCCCAUGUUAUUCAACUGAUGAUUUCU